AUGCAAGACAACAAGAACAACAUCAAGAACGAAAUCGUCACUCUGCUUACGGCAUAUCUUACACGGUCCCACCCUAUGUUCAAGGCUCUGUGUGCGUCGGCGCCACUUGCACAAGCAUCGAAACGGUGGCCAAGCAAGUUGGAGUCGACAUCGAAGCGUUCGUCGCGUGGGGAACACUACUGCGCAAUCCCAAGGCGCUUGAUUUGCUGUGAGGACUACGACGGCGUGUUCGAAUUCCUUCCAGUGGACGAUGCUCGCUUCCGAAGCAAAGCGACUUUCCAUCGAAGGCCAUUCGGAGAGUACUUUGUCAAAGAUGUCACGGACAUUCGCGGCGGAGCAGUGGCGACGUUGCAAGUACUUCGUCACGCUCUGCCACUUGGUUAG